AGCAACCUACCUCAUUAUCUCUUGUUCCUCGCUACUGCUAAGUCUCGAAAGCUGGCAUUUUUCCGGAACUUCUCUCUGCAUCACUAGUCUUACCCAUCUUUUCAACUCUCCUUCCCAUCACCUUCCCUUCGACUUUCUCCUUCACAAUGGACUACACCAUGGAAGACACUCAGAACUCCGCUCCUGACGCUCACGAGACCUCCAAGCUCGGCUCCUCAGCACAAAGGAGUGACACUCAGAGCGUCACCAAACGUCUUCAAGCUGAGCUGAUGCAACUCAUGCUCUCCCCCUCUCCGGGCAUCUCCGCUUUCCCAGACGCCGACGGCAACCUGCUCUCCUGGACCGCCACCAUCAGUGGUCCAACCGAAACCCCCUACGAAGGACUGACCUUCCGACUCUCGUUCGCUUUCCCCAGCAACUACCCCUAUGCUCCUCCUACCGUUCUCUUCAAGACCCCCAUCUACCACCCCAACGUCGACUUCUCCGGCCGCAUCUGUCUUGAUAUUUUGAAAGACAAAUGGAGCGCUGUGUACAACGUCCAGAGCGUACUGCUCAGCUUGCAGAGUCUGCUCGGGGAGCCCAACAACGCGAGCCCCCUCAACGCCCAGGCCGCCGAGCUCUGGGAUACCAACCAAGAAGAAUACAAACGACACGUUCUUGCCCGUCAUCGCGACAUUGAAGAUAUCGAGUAAAGAGUCCAGGAGAAUAUGUGUUUUGAUGUUGCGGUCGAUUCCGCAAACAGAAGAGGAAAAUCAGGUUGCAUUGCAUAACUGGGGUUGUCU